ACUUGGACGAUGUGUCGGAUCAACAUAGUCGCGGAGAAGCUGGCGACGUGACGUCAGAGUCAAAACUGAGUCCAAUAUUAUUUUAUACGUUUUUGAUUUAUACCAACAAUACUUAUUUUUCACUAUCACUUCUACUUCUUCUUCUUCUUCUUCUUCUUCUUCCCAUUGCCAGAACCACUUUCCCGUCCAUCAAUGGCGAUUUUUAGGGCUACGGCUUCUUUCAGGCAGUAUAUGAGCAAAUCUCGUUUCAAAUCUUUUCCGGUUGGGAGCGAGACACCUUCUAUUCGUAGAUUCUUCUCUGCUGAUGCUUUGGCUUCGUUCCAGAGUGUUGGAUUCAUUGGACUGGGAAAUAUGGGGACCAGAAUGGCAAAUAAUCUAAUAAAGGCUGGAUACAAUAUGGUUGUACAUGACAUAAACCGCAAUACAAUGAAGAACUACUCAGAUAGGGGAGUUGCCACUAAAGAAACACCUUUUGAAGUUGCAGAAGCUUCUGAUGUUGUCAUUACAAUGCUACCCUCUCCUUCUCAUGUUCUUGAUGUUUAUAAUGGUUCACAUGGUUUGCUCCAUGGUGGCUCUCAUAUAAGGCCGUGGUUAUUAAUAGACUCCUCCACCAUUGAUCCACAAACAUCAAGAGAGCUUUCUGCAGUUGUCUCUAGCUGUGUUUUAAAGGAAAAGAGAGGUUCUUGGGAAAGCCCUGUCAUGUUGGACGCGCCUGUAUCUGGAGGGGUUUUAGCUGCUGAUGCUAGGACACUAACGUUCAUGGUUGGUGGUCUUGAGGAAGCUUACCAUGCUGCAAAAGCCUUGUUUCUUGCAAUGGGCAAAGGUUCAGUUUAUUGUGGUGGAGCUGGAAAUGGUUCGGCAGCGAAGAUUUGCAACAACUUGGCAUUGGCUGUGAGUAUGCUUGGCGUUUCAGAAGCUUUGGCUCUAGGCCAGUCUCUUGGAAUUUCUGCUAAAACUCUUACAAAAGUAUUCAAUUCAUCAAGUGCUCGCUGUUGGAGUAGUGAAAGUUACAAUCCAGUUCCUGGGGUGAUGGAGGAGGUGCCCUCUGCAAGAGAUUAUGAUGGUGGAUUUGCGACAAAGCUUAUGGUUAAAGAUCUAAACCUUGCAAAAGCAUCAGCUAGUGAAGUUGGCCUCCAACAUCCACUCACCUCCCAGGGGCUAGAGAUAUACGAAAAGCUCUGCAAGGAUGGAUACGAAAACAAAGACUUCUCCUGUGUUUUUCGUCACUUUUACUCUGGGGACAACGAGUCAUAACCCGAUUCCGUGUCAGCCCCCAAAGCUACUGCAUUGAGUAAAUGAUCUACUACUCUUGAUGAAACAAACCGUGUACUUGUAGUAGUAAUGAUAUGAACCAUUAAUAAAAGGAGUAGAAUAAGUUAUGUAGUUUUUUACGGGGCUCUAAUGUAAUAAAUUGAUCUGAUUUCAUACUAAUUUCUAUUGGAAGAAUCAUUGAUAUUCGAUCUGAACAAGAGAAA